AUGGCCGACGAAGGACUGAACAUUUAUGAUGAGAUCGAGAUCGAGGACAUGACCUUCGACCCAAAUAUUCAGAUCUACACAUAUCCUUGUCCAUGUGGCGAUCGCUUCGAGAUCGCAAUCGACGAUUUACGCGAUGGUGAAGAAAUCGCCGUGUGUCCAAGUUGCAGUCUCAUGAUCCGGGUUAUCUUUGACGUGGCCGAUCUUCCUAAAGCCGAUGCGCAGAGUACGAGCGGAAUGGCUGUUCAGGCUUGA